GGGGGGGACAAGCAAAUGUAAACGACACUCCCUUUUCCUGUUUUAUAAUUUAAUAAAUGGUUAAGUAGGAAAGUAAUACAUCGGUUCAGUUAGUAUAUUAACUCUAGAUACAUAAAUAUUUCGAAAAGUGUUAAGUAAUGGAAUUGUAACUUAUUGACUUUAAGACAAAAUCCAGGAUGUCUACUAUGUCCAGAUCAGUUCAUAUCAGUCAGCAAAAGCUGGCUGAAAAACUCAUAAUACUAAAUGACCGGGGUAUUGGAAUGCUCACUAGAAUUUAUAACAUUAAAAAGGCAUGUGGUGAUACAAAAUCUAAACCGGCCUUCCUGUCUGAUAAAACAUUGGAGUCCUCCAUUAAGCACAUUGUUAGAAGAUUCCCAAACAUUGAUGUAAAAGGCCUUCAGGCAAUAACAAAUAUUAGAAAUGAAAUAAUUAAAUCGCUGUCAUUGUAUUACUACACAUUUGUGGAUCUACUUGACUUCAAAGAUAAUGUAUGUGAACUUUUGAAUAUAAUGGAUGCUUGCCAAGUUACCUUAGACUUGACAUUAAACUUUGAGCUUACAAAAAAUUACCUUGACUUAGUCACAACCUAUGUUUCUUUGAUGAUAUUAUUGUCAAGAGUAGAAGAUCGAAAAGCAGUACUUGGCUUGUUCAAUGCAGCACAUGAGAUGGUCCACAGUCAGAUAGAUCCAAGCUUUCCGAGAUUAGGUCAAUUAAUCGUGGAUUAUGAUACACCCUUGAAGAAACUAUCUGAAGAGUUUUUGAUCCACCAAAAAGUACUUUCUAGUGCAUUGAAUUCACUUUGGCAUGUUUAUCCAGCUAGAAACUUAACUGCCGAACAUUGGCGUUCAGAACAAAAGCUAAGUUUAGUCAGCAACCCAGCUCUACUUUUGAAACCAUCUGAAACGAAUACCAUGUCUUGUGAAUAUGUAACUCUUGAGUCUCUAGAGAGAUGGGUAAUCUUUGGUUUUGCUAUGUGCCAUCAGAUGCUUCAACAAGACCAUGCAAACAAGAUGUGGGUGAGUGCAUUGGAGUCAGGUUGGGUUGUUGCUUUAUUCCGAGAUGAGGUUAUUUAUAUACACUCUUACAUUCAGAGUUUCUUUGAUGGUAUUAAGGGUUAUGGAAAGAGGAUAUCAGAAGUCAAAGAUUGCUAUCAUCACUCUGUUCAAAAAGCUGGCUAUAAGCAUAGAGAACGGCGAAAGUUCCUAAGAACAGCAUUAAAAGAAUUGGGUCUUAUUCUUACUGACCAACCAGGAUUGCUAGGUCCUAAGGCAUUGCUUAUAUUUAUUGGCCUAUGUUAUGCUAGAGAUGAAGUAUUCUGGCUUCUUAGACACAAUGAUAAUCCUCCACAAAAGGUUAAAGGAAAGGCCACUGAAGACUUAGUGGACAGACAGCUCCCCGAGUUGCUUUUCCAUAUGGAGGAGUUGAGAGCAUUAGUUCGCAAAUAUAGUCAGGUGAUGCAAAGAUAUUAUGUUCAGUAUUUAUCUGGUUUUGAUGCUGUUGCCUUGAAUCUUAUGAUACAAAAUUUGCAAGUAUGCCCUGAAGAUGAAAGUAUUAUCUUAUCCUCAUUAUGUAACACUGCUGCCAAUUUGAGUGUAAAGCAAGUUGAAAGCAAUGAGCUGUUUGAUUUUAGAGCCUUCCGUUUAGAUUGGUUCCGCCUCCAAGCAUACACAUCGGUUGCAAAAGCGCCUUUCAGCCUAGUUGACCAAAGAGAACUAUCACAGUUCAUUGAUAAAAUGGUAUUUCACACCAAAAUGGUUGAUAACCUAGAUGAGAUUAUGGUUGAGACCUCUGAUUUAUCUUUGUUUUGUUUUUACAGUAAAAUUUUUGAAAGUCAAUUUCACAUGUGCUUAGAGUUUCCAGCACAGAAUCGUUACAUUAUUGCUUUCCCUCUCAUCUGCAGUCACUUUCAAAAUUGCACCCAUGAAUUAUGCCCUGAAGAAAGGCACCAUAUCAGAGAAAGGAGUCUAUCUGUUGUUAACAUUUAUCUGGAUGAAAUGGCAAAGGAAGCCAAGAAUAUUAUUACAACAAUUUGUGACGAGCAAUGUACUAUGAGUGAUAAACUCCUUCCAAAACAUUGUGCCCAAACAAUUGCCCAUCUCGCAAAUCGCAAGAAAAAAGAUAAAAAUAAGAAAAAUCAUAUUGAAAUCGUAAAACCAGGUGCCGAAAGUUAUAGGAAAUCAAGAGAAGAGCUGACUACUAUGGAUAAAUUGCACAUGGCGUUAACUGAACUGUGUUUUGCUAUAAAUUAUUGUUCAACUGUCAAUGUUUGGGAAUACACGUUUGCACCCCGGGAAUAUUUACACCAACAUUUGGAAACAAGAUUUUCAAAAGCAUUGGUGGGAAUGGUAAUGUUUAAUCAAGACACAAGUGAAAUUGCUAAGCCAUCAGAGUUGCUCGUCAGUGUAAGAGCUUAUAUGAAUGUACUUCAAACGGUUGAAAAUUAUGUCCACAUUGAUAUAACACGUGUCUUCAAUAAUUGUUUGCUUCAACAGACGCAAAAUAUGGACAGUCACGGCGAAAAGACAAUAGCGUCUCUAUAUACGCAAUGGUAUUCUGAAAUAUUACUGCGACGCGUUAGUGCUGGAAACAUUUGUUACUCAAUAAAUCAAAAAGCUUUCGUAAGUCUUUCCGCUGAAGGUGCUAUUCCUUUCAACGCUGAAGAGUAUUCAGAUAUUAAUGAGUUGAGAGCUUUAGCUGAAUUAAUAGGGCCGUAUGGAAUGAAGCUUUUAAGCGAAACUCUAAUGUGGCACAUUGCGAGCCAAGUCCAAGAGCUCAAAAAGCUGGUGGUGCAAAAUAAAGAAGUGCUGCAAAUGCUCAGAACAAACUUUGAUAAACCAGACAUUAUGCGAGAACAAUUCAAACGGUUGCAACAAGUUGACAAUGUACUGCAAAGGAUGACAAUAAUAGGAGUUAUUUUGAGCUUCCGUCAAGUAGCACAAGAGUCUUUACUCGAUGUAUUGGAACGGCGAAUUCCCUUCCUGAUCAGUUCCAUUAAGGACUUCCAGCAGCAGUUGCCUAGUGGUGAUCCUAUGCGUGUCAUAUCAGAAAUGUGUUCGGCGGCUGGCCUGCCAUGCAAGGUAGACCCUACUUUGGCUUCUGCACUCCGACAGCACAAGGCCGAAGUCGAGGAAGAGGAACAUUUGAUAGUGUGUCUUUUGAUGGUCUUUGUUGCCGUCUCCCUUCCAAGACUCGCUAGAAGCGAGGGCUCCUUUUACAGGCCUUCACUUGAAGGACACGCAAACAACAUUCAUUGCAUGGCACCUGCAAUCAAUCAUAUUUUUGGUGCUCUUUUCACAAUUUGUGGACAAGGAGAUAUCGAAGACAGAAUGAAGGAAUUCUUGGCACUAGCGUCAUCGUCAUUGCUGCGCCUCGGUCAAGAAACAGAGAAGGAGGCGAUAAAAAAUCGGGAAUCCGUAUAUCUUCUCCUCGAUCUUAUCGUGCAGGAGUCUCCGUUCCUCACUAUGGAUCUUCUUGAGUCGUGCUUCCCUUAUGUAUUGAUACGUAACGCUUAUCAUGAAGUGUACAAGCAGGAACAAGUGCUAUUGCAUUCUUAGUUUCGAUGAUAUUAGAAAAAUAUCACAUGCGUUAGGAAAGAUAUCUUACCCGUAGUUCUUGUGAAAUAAUCGUUUCAUUAUAAUGCACGCGUAAUACCUGAUUCGAGUUAAUUAUCUAGGAUUUAAAUGAAUGUUAGCAAACAAAUAUUAUGAAUAAUUCCAUAUUUGCAUUCUUCUAGGCUUUAAAGACUGGUUAAGUAUUCCUUCUCAUAUAAUGAACGAAAUUAUAGAUAACUAUUUAUUUAGGCUUCGUUUGUAGGAUGACUUUGAAUAUAAUUAUUUAUGAAAUUAAGUUUAUAUUCGCCUUUUUAUACAUGUGCUUUUAUUAAACAUUUUUACAUGAUAGAUUAGUAAUGUAUAGGCUAGGUCAUUUUAAGUUAUAAGCAAACACAAUGUUUACGUUAUUAAAAGUUGUCAGAUCUUUUAUUAUUGUUUUCUCGUAUAUUUUAUGUGGCAAUACUAUCAAUAGAUAAAAAAUAACUUUCAUCUACACUGUCUCUAAUAUCUUUGAAAUAACACGCCUCUUGAUUAAGUUUAAUAUAGGUGCUCUACCGUAACGUCUAUAAUCGUGUAUGUUUUAACUUGACAAUAAUUUCAUCUCAUACUUUAUAAGUCAACAUUUGUUGUUUAUUGCCACUACACGUCUUAUUCCCAACACUGUUAGGCUUCUGUCAUUGUCAAUACGCGUCUAAAGGCUAUAACACUGAGAACGGCGAAGCGGGAAAGCACCUUUUUAGGAUAUUUUAAGCUAAAUAGUUCAACAGCCUUAUUUCUUUCUUCACCCACAAGGUAACGUGCAGUCUGUAUUUCGAAAUAAUUUUAAUUAUGUUGCAUAUAGCAAGAUUAUGCGCAAAUUAAUGUAAGACAUUUUGUAACUUGUAUAAUAUAAUCAUACAAUAAAUUUUUUAAAUAGUA